CUGUGCAGACUACACAAUCUGUCUGCACAACCGGGAACCAGGGCCUCUGGGUUUCUCUGCUUUGUUUCUUUAGCGAGCCCCGAAAUUGCCGAGCCUGCUGCACGACCACCGCGAGUCGCUGUACCAAUCAUUUCAAUUAGCGGACUCAGCAGCACAAGGCGCAAGCUUGUGGGCUCAAAGCCUGGAGAAAAGAGCAGGAGAAACCCCCCUGGGGUCAAGUUGUCAGAGCGGAACGGUUGUCCAAGCAACUGGACGUUUGGGCGCAGGGCUCUUCGUCUCCUCCGAGCCCUGAGAGGCCCGGCACCGACGGGCCAAAUAUAGUCCCGCUGUGUCUGACUGCAACACCAGUGCUGGAUCGUGCCAGCGUUCAUAAUAAGGGUUUGGCCUCGGCGCGCGUAAACAGCGCGCAGGGGCUCGCUCGCGGGCAAUGCCGCCGCCACCGCCCCAGCCCCACGGCACGGGCCUGAGGCCGCCGGGGGCGUCCCCCUUCUACACGGGGGCUGGGCAACAAGCACCUCCCGGUGCCAUCACUGCCAUGAACACCGGUGCCGGCACCUCAGGCGCCGCCGCUGCUGGGCGCUGCACGCCGCCGCCGUCCACGUGGGAGUGCAGUGGCGGCGCCGCCUCGCCGGCCCCCUCGGCUCCGCCCUCCCGCGCCGCAUCCUCCGCACUCAGCGGGGCAUGCGGGAUGGCCUGCAGCAGCCGCGUCGCUGGUGGCAGCGGUGGCGGCAGCGGUGGCGGCAGCGGUGGCGGCAGCGGCAGUGAGUGGGAGUCGUCUUCCGCCUCUGCCUAUGCUUCGCCCUCUGCAGCCCCAAGCGUAGGCGGCGCGACACCCGCGCAGCUGCGACGGCCGCCUAGCCCCGUCCGGCCUAGUGCUGCUCAACUGCAGCCCCCGUCGCCAGGCGUACAGCGGCACCAGCAACAGCACCACUUCCAUCACCAUCAUGCAGCUAGCACCGGCGGCGCAGCCGGUGGGUCUGGCGGCUGCAGUACCGCUGCCGGGGCAAUCGCACACAGCCUUCAGGCAGCGCACCCGCACCCACACCCACCGCUACACGCGGCGCGGUCGAGCCACAACAUUGCGGCAGCAGCAAGCGGCCUACCCUCGGCGCCCCCGCUGCCGCCCUACCCGGACCCGACGUGCUACUACCUACACUCCACGCCCGCCCUGUCGGCAGGCGGCGCCGCGGCGUCCCCAGGCGGCCUCACGCCCACCGCCCCAGGCACGCCCAGCUACAUGUCACUUCCGGUCGGGGGACCCAGCCCCAGCCCCGCUACGGCGGCAGUCGACGCCGCCGCCGCAGCCGCCGCCAGCUGCCACGGCCAGGCGUCACCCUCCCCCCACCAGCGGCUGUCCUCCCCAGGCUGGCCGCCGCACCUGCCCGCGCACGUGCCGCUGCCGCCCCCGCACUCGGCCUCCUCGGGCGGCGCCGCGCCAGUGGGCCCCGGCGCCAUGCCGGCCGGCCCCUCGUCCGCCAGCAGCACCCACCUGCCGCCGCCGCCCACUGCCGCUGUGGGCCUGUCUGCCGCCGCUGCCGCCUCCUCCACCUCGCGUGUGACCCGCACCACAGUGGAUGACGUGGAGGCCGGCACACACGACCAGGCCGCGACAUCAGGCGGCAGCGGAAGCGGCGGUGGCGGGAGAGCUGGCGGUAGCGGGGUCGUGGGUGGGCCCAGCGGGCACGGCCCCAACAAGCAGCCUACCACCGGCAGUGUCUUCGGUGCCGCUGUGGCGGCGAGCACGGCAGCGGCAGCAGCAGCCGCAGUGGCGGCAGAGGCGGGCACCGGCGCUCUGACACCAGGUGUGUCACCAGUCACUGCCAACGCCGCCGCAGCUGCCGGCAUGGCCGAGGUGCCGGCGGGGGCCGCGACAGCCUACGCCGCCCCACCUGCGCCGCUGCGCCCCAUGGGCAGCCGUGUGGAGGUGAGCGUGAGUGUGCUGGAGCCGGAGCCAUCGCUGGGGCGCCCCGUCAGCCCCAGUGGGGUGGAGCUGGCGACCCUGAGGACCUCGGCGGCGGCGGGUGGCGCCAGCACUGCCGCGGCCGCCGCGGUGGGGGUGCCCAUACUGCUCCUGUCAGCGGGCUCGGCCGGGGCCGCGGCAGCCGCUGCCGCUGCUGGUGGCCCGGUGGUGCCGGGUGUGGUGCUGGCGGCGGGUGUGCCUGCCCCCGAGCCCGGUGUCGACGGAGUGGAUGUGGUGGCUACCCUGCUGGCUAGUGGGGCGCCGCGGCGGCGGCUGGGCACCAGUGGCGGCGGCGGCACAGACCUGGACGAGACCAGCGGCGGCGGCGCAGCGGCGGACGACGGCGACGGCGGCGCGGGCGGUGGCGGCGGUGACGCGGGGCAGUGCGCGCUGCCUGCCGAGGUGCGGCGGCGGCUGCGCUCGCACCUGGGCCGGCACCGCAUGAAGCACAUCCGCAGCUGGAAGGACCUGGCCCACUCCACCGCCUCGCCGCGGCCCGGCUACUGGCUGCUGGGCACCCUGGCGCUGCUGGCGGUGCUGCUCACAGCCUUCUACUUCAUGGCGGGCCAGUGGGAGUUCCUGAGGCCGAUUGACGUGGCGGGACCGGCAGAGGCGCUGGCGCCACCGCCGCCGCCGCCCCCCGCCGGCACCGCCGCCGGCAGCUCUGUGGCUCUGGGCGAGCCGUCGUCCGGCGCCGGCGUCAACAUGACCACUGCCUUCAUCGGCAACCUCACCGCCGUCCCCAACAUGGGCACCGCCGGCAGCAGCACCGCCAGCGCCGCCACCACCAGCUCCCUCAACGUGGCGGCCUACAACGACCCCUACAGCCACAACUGGGGUCCGGACGCGCUGUGGGACUGGCUGGCCUUCUGGCGGCCCAACUCCGCGCGCACCUUCGGGUUCGCCUACCUGCGCGCCUGGGGCGGCCGCUACUGCCCCGACCUGGCUGCGGGCCAGUGGUGGCGCUGGCUGACCGGCCUGCUGCUGCACCAGUCGGCGCUGCACCUGGUGUCCAACACGGCGCUGCUGCUGGUGCUGGCCACCUACCUGGAGUCGCUGUACGGCUGCUGGAGGGUGCUGCCCGUGUUCUUCGUGGCGGGCAUCGCAGGCAACAUGGUGUCUUCCUGGCUGGAGGACCCCUGCACGCUGGUGGUGGGCGCCAGUGGGGCUGUGUUCGGGCUGCUGGGCGCCUACACCGCAGACGCCGGCCUGAACUGGGAGUCCAUACCGCUGCUGUGGCUGCGGCUGGCGGGCAUGGGCCUGGUGGUGGGCUUCAUGCUGGCGCUUCAGCUGGCGGACCACUCCCGCAGUGGCUCGGCGGGGGCGGUCAGCCACGCCAGCCACGCGGGCGGCUUCGUGGCGGGGCUGCUCAUGGCCUGGCUGCUGCUGCCAGACUUCAAGGCCCGGCGCGCCGCCAAGGUGACCCAGCUGCUGUCCGGGCUGGGCCUGGAGUCGCACCUGCCGCUGCCCGACACGCCGCCCGGCCGCCAGCUGUACUCAUUCUGGCAGCGGCACCGCGUGCUGACCUGGGGCGUGCACGGCGUGGCGGCGAGCGUGCUGGUGCUGCAGCUGGUGGCGGUGCCCGCCUACCUGUACACACACACCUUCAAGCACCUGGACUGCGGCGCCGGACGCUGACGAGUUUAGCUUAGGUAAUUGCCAGGAUGUGGCGGUUUGUGUUAUGCACAAUGCAUUUGAAGGUGACCUGCAGUGAGCGGCUCAAGCGGUGCGUACGCAUCAGGGCCCAUGUGGCCAUUACCACAAGCUACUACCUCUCGGCUCCUGACUGUCACGACUGGAAAGUGACUCGGGACUCGCAGUGACGAUGAUGGUGGCGGACCUAAUCUCGUAUUGCACUGACAUUGAGACCAGUUGAAGUGUGACUGUCCAUUCAUGUGCGGUUGUUGUCGGUCGGUUCGUAGCGGGGCAAGGCCGCGUGGAGGAGGAGAGCACGACGCCGCCCAAUCGGCGGUGCCAAUGCGCAGAUUAAGGCCCGGCUGGUGCCUGGUUCGCAGUCUUCGCUGGCGAGUUUUGCAUGGCACAGUGUGUGGUAUGAUUUAUUGCUGUGCUUGUGCUUGACAGCGAGACGUGGCUGGACACAUGGCGGGCGGUGCCUAUACAAACAGACCCCGGCUAUGGCCGGGAGAUGAGGUAGAUGCUUGCGGCCUUAGAGACGCACCAACGUGGCUUGGGCGCUGCCCACUUUCCCCUUGGGAGGGAAAACCAUUAGCGCUGGGUGCUGCACUCCAAGGCUGGCGACCGGCUGCACAACAUCUGCAGUAAGGCAUUCAAUGACACCAUCGUUGGUGUGCGCUUUGUCAUGCCCGGCUUCUGCGAGCGCUGGCCCUCGGUUGCACGCGCUGGCGUUUCCCGGCCGUGCCGCCGGGCAAGUACCGUGGCGUGGGCAACGCGGAGUUUACCAGGCUGGAGCUGCCAAUGAGGUGUCGCGCCCAUACUUUUUUGUGUAACUGACGGAAGAG